AUGAUUUUAAAAUUAGUGAGCAUCUACCUGGUCUUGUUUGUGGCUGGCAAUCAAGCGGAUUAUAUAAAGUUUUUUGAAAGAUGUACCAAAGAAAAAAACACAUUCGAUUGCCUCAAACAAAAGGCAAUUGAUGUCUUAGAUCGAGCUAUCAAGGAUGAUUCUGUUUUUGUUAUCAAUGAUUACGUGUCUAUUGCUAAGGAUAAAGCUGUGAUUGAAAGUAAAUCUUUAAAUAUUGACAAUGAUAAAAACAAUACAGCCUUGAGUUUAGAUGAGAAAUUAGAUCAAAAGUUUAAUGAUUUUUUGUCCUCUCGAAGCAUUAAAUUAACUAUUCCUGGUGAUGCUAUUCAAGGGCGUAAAAAGAAAGACAAAGGAGGCUAUGGAGGAGCAAUGAUGAUUGGUGGUCUUGCUAUGGCAGGAGUCAUGGCUCAACUUGCUUUUGGAAAAAUAGCCUUUCUGGCAGGAACAGCUCUUUUAACAGCUAAAAUAGCCCUAGUACUCAGUGCAAUUAUUGGAUUAAAGAAAUUGGUUUCAAGUGGUGGAGGAGGUCAUGAAGUAAUUUAUGCAACAGCAUCAGAUCCUCAUGGAGGAUAUGGAGGUGGUUAUGGUGGAUGGCAGAGAUCAUUAAAACCAGCAACAUGA